CAGUUUGGUUUCAGAAGAGAACAGAAGAACAGAAGAACGACUGUUUUAGACUCCAGCUACUCCGAGCCCAGUAUCACAGCCAGCAGCAGCAGCACCAGCGAUGGGUACUACAGCCUGGGUUAGUGCUUGGUGUUCCUGACGUUUUCUCCAGACGGACGCGUGAGGGAAUUGAGAAAGGAGAGAGUAGGAGCGGCCAGCAUGUAUUUAGAUAACUUUGUUACUUCCAGUACCAGUAUGGCAGUCGAGGGGAGGGAAGAUCAGAACAGUAGGGCUGAAAAGUUGGAGUCACAAACCAAUAGGGAUGCCCUUUCAAAGCAGCAGGAAGAAGUCAAUUCAUUUCCUCCUGAUGCAUAAUGAUGAGCAUACAUGGUACUGUACACUUCCUUCUCAUAUUUCAAGUUGGUCAAGUGAGUGUGAAAAUAUAAUUUAUAUGCCAGUAUGUAUAGUUGUAUUGGAGGUGCAUGCAUACAUCUUUCUUCCCACUUCACAGGAUUGCAGCUGCUGCAUUCUUUGGAGCUUACUGCUAAUGAGCCUGACCUUGAUGAGGCUGUGAAGAAAAUCACUGAAAACCAUGGUUACAUCUCUGUGGUUACUUCUGACAAAAGGACUCUAGCAUCAUUCAAACAAUAGAAAUUUUAUCUUAUGUUCUUUACUGUAUCAUUGCUCUUUGUAUCUCAUGCUCUUUUACUGUGA